UGGAGCCUCUUUUCUCUUAGCCAAUUGCAGCAAAAAAGCUCAGGAGCGUCUCCGCGUGCGGACACCAUGUGCACUGGAGAGCGCGUCUGUGUUUCUGAGACACAACGUGUAGUUGCCAUCUCCUCUCGCAUGAUGAUCACGUUUCCAUCGGAUUACUAGUGAAGUGAAAAAGUGUGCCAUUCUCUUUGACAGGCUUUUCCCCAAAAGGUUGCUCUCUGAUAGGACUGAGUAGAAACUUGAAGGCAAUUAAUUCCAUAUUUUUACUCAUAAUUCUGAUGCUCUUUAAAACGCCCCACUUUACAACUUAGCAAUUAUGUGGCCGCCUGUUUAUGCUGGGUGCCCAACAUAGGGACAGCUUGGAGUGUAAUUAUUGACCAAUUUGUUUUUAAUCAGUGCUACCCACCCUGAGGAGCGUGCCUGUCACGAGGGGGCGUGCCUUAUUAAUAUUAAACAUUGAUGAGCCUUCGUGCAGUGUUCGAGGCUACUCUGGGAGGUGUGACGUCACGUGAGCGGCUCGUGUUCGUUCCAGCUGAGCGAAAAGAUCGGACGGCUCAAGCUCAAAGCGUGCGGUAACUCACAUGCAGAGAGAACUGAACAGAAGGGGGUGACCACAGGGGGAAAAAGCGAUUGAGCGACUGAAUGGAAAAAAACGUCAACAUCCCACCAAUCGCACUACGCAGCAGAAAUUGACUCAGCAACACUUUCUUCGUUUUGUUUUCAUUUGUCAUUUUGAGACGACGCAAGUUUCGCGCAUUCAAGUUGUUCAGCGUAUUCAAGUUAUCGUUUGCAGUAUUGGACUUUUUUAUUCUCCCACUGUUCUCUGCUGGAAACGUUAUAUCCGGUUAAUUUGUUGCAUUUUUUUCCACGUUGGACGCUAUUCUGGACAUUCUUCUGUAUUUUUUAAAAGUUCCAACAUAAGAAAAGCUGUCAACAUUUUCUGGAAGUACUGGGAAUAUAUAUAUGUUUAUCCAUAUCCAAGCAGAAUGGCACUCUUUGUGUAAACGCCUUAUUUCCAAAUAAAGUACUGAACCACCCAAGCAUCUAGCGGUCAAGGGAGCUCAAUCCGGCAGACGUUGGAUGAUGGCCAGGCCGCUUUCACAGCUCCUUCCCCCGGACCUUCCCUCUGCCGGAGCCAGUCCGCAGUUUGGCAACAGUAGCCAGGCAGGAGGCUCACUUAACGGAGGACACUUAAACUCAACAGCAAACUUAAAGUCGCUCCUGCAGCUCCCCGUGAAGGGCGACCAGCGCGUCAAAGACUGUAGUGAAAUGAAGGGUAAGGACAGGUUAGAUAUGGAUGAGGACUCUCUUAGCCGUUGUCCUCUGCGCAACGGCUGCAGCAAUGGACUAGCCGCUGACAGCAAUGGAGCAGGCACUGGCAGCUUCUCUAACGGCAACAACAAUUCCUUCCUGGGCCCGUUGCUAUGGGAACGAACAUUGCCAUGUGAUGGCGGCCUGUUCCAGUUGCAGUACAUGGAUCUCGAGGAGUUUCUGACCGAGAACGGGAUGAGCAGCAUGCACAGUACCUCAAACUCCACUUCAGCUCAGAUACCCUCGCAAAGCUCUCAGUCCGCCAUUCCCAACCAGGGCUCCCAGUGCCUCCCCACCUCGCCCCCACACUGCUCCUCUUCCUCCUCACCGACAUCCACCACCACAUCUUCCUCGCCCUCUCUGCUUGGGCUGGACAUGCAUACGCCGCAAAGCAUGAUGGGAUCCGCAGACUGCUUGCACGGCACUCCACCAGGCAGCUUGGAGCCAACGCCCUCACCUUCUUCCACUACAUGUCCACCACUCCCUACUCCACCCAUCACUAACUGCAAUGAGUUGUUGCCAUCCUUUGACCCUGAUCCCGCAGACGUCGCGCUGUCGAGUGUGCCUGGACAGGAGGCGUUUGACCCCCGCAGACAUCGUUUCAGUGAGGAAGAGCUCAAACCUCAGCCCAUGAUUAAAAAGGCUCGCAAGAUGCUUGUCCCUGAUGAUCUGAAGGACGAGAAGUAUUGGAGUCGGCGUUGUAAGAACAAUGAGGCCGCAAAGCGUUCUCGCGAUGCUCGUCGACUGAAGGAGAACCAGAUCUCUGUGCGCGCCGCCUUCCUUGAGCGUGAGAACGCUGCACUCAGACAGGAAGUAGCUGACAUGCGCAAAGAGCUCGGCCGGUGCCGUAACAUUCUGAACAAAUACGAGAGCCAUCACUUGGAUCAAUAAAAAGGAGAGGAAGAAAAGGCAAAUUGAGAUGAUGGAUGCAGAACGCAAUGAAUGUUCCUAUGAUAGUCAUGCUAAAAGACAGAUGGAAAAUGUAUCAAAUACAUGGAGGGAUGUAUGAAGACAGCACAAGAGCUCAAGUUUUAAACUGGAGUGAGAGAGCAUGUCACCUCUCUUAACUAUUUUUUAUUUUUUUUUCCCCAGUAAGGUACAAUGGCAAGAUUUUAAUUAUGGAGAGAAUUGUAUAUUUUUAUAUGAUAGAAAAAUGCUUAAUGGUGAAAGGAAAAUUUUGAAAUUAAUUUUUGUAUAUUUUCUAUAUCUUUGGGGAGGCUAUAAAGUAUUGACGGAGGGAACUGGUUGAGGUAUCACUGUAAUUUAAAAUGUGGUAUUUUUGAAUCUUGUGAAGGAGAAAAAUGAGGGGCAGAAUUUAAGCCUAGAACUUUAAAGAUUUAGAAAAUAACUUUCUAGAGAAAUUAAACUGUAAAAUACUGAGAAAAAAAAUAUACAUUUAAAUUUGUAUAGAAAUGUCAAUAUAGAUUUAUUCAAGCACUUACGUUGUGAUAAACCUGCGCGUAAUAUUUUGGCAAUGGUGACCGAGAACAACCAUGGAUGAGGGGGGGAAAUGACAGGUGCAUCUUAACUCUUUGGGGAAAAACAUUGUUUAUCAGUCUACUGCUGAUAUUUAUUUGUCAUUCUCAAAUGAAAACUAAACAUGUAUUGAUGGUAAGGAGAUGGUUAGGAAAGACAUGCAUUAAUUGUCACACAUUUUAUUGGCAUUUUUUUGUUUGUGUUUAUUCCCUUGGUGAACUCCGUAGGAUUCUUUCUCUUCUUAAAGUUGCUAUCUCCUGUCUACAAUGUACUCAUCUUUUUAUAGGAAUCUGACUCACAGUUGCAAACAAAAAAACAGCUUUUUAGCAACAGCACACAUCCACAACGUGCAGAUCUUAAGUGAACUUGCAGAGGCUGUUCUUGCUGUGCAAAAACAUAAUUUGGACCUCUAUGGAGUGAAUAUAUAUACAUAUAUAUAUGGGACAUGACUUUCAUCUGAUUGUACAGAAUGAUUUCUUGUAAUGGAUGCACGGGAAAUUGCAUUUCAAAACAGGUUGACGUGUAGACAUUUGGCCAUGUCUGCGUUUUUGCUGGUUUUGCACCUGUAUAUGCAAACACAUUGAAGCCAAUGAGCGCUCUUACUUUUAUUGGAACAAUAUUGAAUUUUUACAACCUGUUUACUGGUGUCAGUACAAAUGUUUCAAAAUCUAUUCGUUUUGUGGUUCCUAGCUGGCUCUCCAGUCACGUCUGUUUCUUUCCUUAACGACCAUUAAAGUAACUUCACUUAUUAUGAAUUAUUAUUGAUCUGAUCAUUAUUACUAUUGUUGUUAAUACUACGAAUGAAUUCUAAUUUUUGUUGUUUUAUUUCCUUGAUAUUGUCUAUUUUAUGUUCCUUUAAAGAAAAAUCCCACAAGUCUCCUCUCAGCUGUGGAGAUUUCGUCACUUCUUAUUUGUUACAGCAUUCAUCGUCAACACCAGCUGUAGAAGAAGUGUUGCCCUGACUGCCAGGUCAAUUUGUUUAUCAGAGGAACACUGGAAAAGAAAACUGGUGCCCUUGGCGAUCACAAACUCUACUUCCCUGAAAUAAAUGGAUUUUUUUUCUCUUUAUUUCUGUACACUAGCAUUAUAAAGACCCAUCAUACGUUUGCUCCGUCUUUCUCUUUUUUGUGCAUGUAGGUGUUUUUACGAACCGCCUUUUUUACCCAGUAAUUUGCUGCCUGUUUCUCAUCAGUGACAAUAUACUUUUGCAGAUGGAUUUUGGGUAAUGUAGUCCUUACCUUUCUGCACUUCAACAUGUGGAUGACUAUGAACAAUUUGUGUUGUGAUUCUUGUUUUUUUUAUGUACAAAUGCCCUAAUGCAUCAGUGUUACCCACACUGCACCUAGCCAAAGUAAUGCAGGGGAAUGUAGUCUUUUUCUCCAAGACCACAAAUAAACUCUUGUUCUUACUCACUAAA